AUGAACGAAAACAUAUACGAGUUUAUAGUGAAAGAAACUGUGAGGUAUACAGUAAAUAUGAAGAAUAUGCACGAUUUUAUCCUCACAGUUGAAGAAGUGAAGGUCUUUGUCAGAUUUCUUCUUUUUGCUGGCUACCAUAAGCUCCCUGCUGAGAAGCUACACUGGUCUGAAGAUGUAGAUGUUGGCACACCAAUUAUAAAGACAGCUAUGUCAAGGAAUAAAUAUCAGAAGUUGAAAACAUUGCUUCAUUUUCAAGAUAAUGACUUAUCCAAUGAAAACAAACACAAUCGAAUUUUUGAGGAAAAUUUGUCAAUUGACAAAUUGAUAGUCAAAUACUAUGGACGAAGUGGGCUGAAACAGUUUAUCCCAGGAAGGCCUAUUAGAUUUGGCUAUAAGUUGUGGUCUCUUUGUGGAGCAAGUGGCUACUGUUUCAAAUUUGAUUUACACUGUGGAAAGGAUCCAGAAGAUACUACAAGGGAUGACCUACUAUUGGGAUCAAGAGUAGUCCUAAACAUGCUGGACUGCAUUGAAAAACCCGAGAAUCAUUGUGUGUACUUUGACAAUUUCUUCACUAGUAGAGAUCUUCUGAUUCAUCAGAGAAAUUUGGGUUUUCGAGCAACUGGGACUGUCAGAGGGAAUCGAGUUGGUGACUGUCUACUACUGAGCAGCAACGAACUGAAAAAGACAGUUCGAGGAUACUAUGACUACCAGAGAAUGAGGAAUGGUGAAGUCUUAUUUGUUUGA